AUGCAUGAAUUCCCCCCAAUGCGGCAACGUCACAACCAAGGGGAACCACAGAUCAUCGCAGGACCUCCGCAACAACAAAAUCAAACAUCAUCUAGUUCAGCACCCCCGGACCAGAAAACAUGUGCAGGAGGCUGGGUGACCGAGAUCCCAGUGCCGCUGAGCUCCGCGCCCGCCCCCUCGCUUGGUGCAGGUCCGACUCCGUCCCUCAACGCCUCAACGGCUUCCUCAACCCUUGUCAACAGCUCCGCCGAAGAGGAAGACUAUUACUCUCCUUACCCGGACUAUCCGGAUCUAUUGCUCAAUUCAUCACAAGAGGAACGAAAGCUGCUAGAAGACCCAUUACCAGACAACAGCUUGGCCGACACAGACCUCCAUGAUCACGACCGCAUAGACUCAGUGAUGUACAUUUAUUUCGGUGGCACCAGUAGGCAAGACUCUCCUCCUGGGAGGCAGGUCCGGCCCGCCCAGCACACUGUACUGAUCGUGGGUGCUGUAAUUGGUCUAAUAGGUCAGUUACUAACACUAGCUGGCGCUUUAAGAAAAGCGAGAUGUAAAGAUCCAUCACUUAUCAUCAUUAUAAACACAGAAUUAGCGCUCACACUAAGUAACGUAAUAUUCAUGCUUGGAGUACAGGCAACAAGUGACAGGUCCCAGUGUGAACUAGUAGCAAUGAUUCUCCACUACCUUCAUCUGGUUGCUUCCUGUUGGUUCUCGGCAAACUCCGUCUAUUUGUACCAGAAACUACGAGACCCGGGAAGUUCGACUCGACUCUUAGUUCACUUUUUCAUUGCCUGGUCUCUACCAGCUGGGGCAGUUUAUGUGUCAAGAUUGGUUGAGAGGCCGGGUUAUGAAUCUAGAGACUACUGCUGGAUGUCUGUUGAGAGAGGAAUGGUUUUCUCUUUCAUGGCGCCAUUAUCAUUAUUAAUGAUCAUGAACACUGGCCUCUCUGUGGCAGGACUUCAACUUGCUGGAAAGGCUGAUGAAGUAGACAGGAAAUCUCUAAGAGUUGCUGCAUCAUUGCUCCCCUUAUUUGCUGUUUCUUGGUUCCUUGGUGUUCUCGCGUUAGAGAAUUCCAGUUCUUUAAUCUUUCCUCUUCUUUUCUUAGCAAGCCAUGGCUUCCUGAAUUGGUUUAUUUUCAUCUGCUGGUUACCGGGGGAAGCUGGUUCUUGGAGAGAUUCAGAAGAGGAAGAGGAUGAUGAAGAAGAGGAGUUGAUUUACGAAGAAGUAAAAGUUGGUCUUGAUGAUCAACCACUUCUGUUUCCACGGGAUGAACUUCAAAUGGAUCCCAUUUGUACAAUUAGUUCCUGAGUAAACUUGAACACUUAGGAAGGGAAAACCAUAAAAAUAUAAAUAUACCUUCCACUAUUGGGAAACAGUGAAAUAUAAGUUUGUAAUUAACUAUUAAAAAGUAUGAUUUUUAUAUUCUAUCAAUAUGUGGUGAUAAGUGGUCCAAGAUAGAAAAUGGGAAUCCCUCUUAAUUAUAAAAACACUACUGAUAUUCUGACAUAAAUAACAAUGAGUGUUUUAGUUUCAUUUAUCAGCAAAUGUUUAUGCACAUAAGACGGGUAGAAUUUGAAAAAUGGUCAUAUACAAGACGUACUUUCUUUUCAAAUAUUUCUGAAUAUCUAAUAAAUUGAUUUGAUAAAGCUGAAACUUUUUUGUACAGUUAAAAAUGAAUAAAUUUGUACCUCUUUGAUAG